AUAUUUGGUGACUUAUGAAUACAUCUUGACUGACUUGAACACAUGAAUGAAUGGUGCUGAUGCUGGCUUGCACAAGUGUGUGUGUGUGUGUGUGUGUAUGAUGUGUUGACAGGAUGCAUUGUCAAAUGAAUGAAGAAAGGGAUCACCAGAGGGGAGAUGGAGAGGGAUUACGCGCCGGUUGUCUGGCUGCCAGAUCAUCACCUCUCGUCUGCUUGGAAAAAAAAAGUCGCUUCAGAGUUCUGCAGAAGAGGUCGCACAAGGACUUCUGAAAGGUACAAGCUGUGCACCACUGUGUGCGUGUGUGAGUGUUUCAGAGAGAGAGAGGAGAGAGAGAGAGAGAGAGAGCUCCAUUCAGUGAAAUGCAACACCCGGCUUCGGAAACAGGUUUGAUUAUAUUUAAAAAAAGCUUGACCCGGGAGAAAAACCCAAACAACUGUCUGUGCUAAUAUUAGAUGCGUGCACGCCUGUGGAGCUGUGCACACAGGAACUAGUAUUAGUGGUGCUAUGAGAUACACGAGAUUUACACAUUUGUCUGCAGUUGGUGGGGAAAAGAAUAUAUCAGUUACUACCUGGAAGCACUCAUAAUAUGAAGCACGGAUGUGACAUUAAAAAAAAACAUUUUAUUACUCCUGCCUGUAAAUAAAAACAUGAAUAUAUUCUUUCUUUGCGGGAGAAAGUUGUAUGUCACCUGACUGAGAUUGAAAGAACUUUGCAAAGGGAGAGGAGAAGAAGGGAAAAAAACACAUCUCCCCACCCCCACAGCAAAAAAGGAGACCGCCCACCAGAGACAGUCAACCCGAGACCCCUUAUAGAUUUAAAAAGAGAGGCUGCAUUCUCAGACUGACACUUAUUCAACAGUGCUACCUUAAGCAGAUUACUUUUGCGCUGCCUAGCAGGGUCAAAAUAGGCGCUUAGUUGCUGCUGCUGCUGCCGCCGCUUCUUCUUCUCCUCCUUCUCCUCCCCGUCUUCUCCAUCAUGUUUGGGAUGCUGAAACAUCAUCUCCAGCCGGGCUUUUUCUUCUUCUUCAUAUGGUUCUGUCACCUUAUGGAGCAUCAAAAAGUUCAAGCUGGUAACUGCUGGUUGCAGCAGGGCAAGAACGGGCGGUGCCAGGUGCUCUACAUGCCCGGAAUGAGCAGGGAGGAGUGCUGCAGGAGCGGAAGACUAGGAACAUCCUGGACCGAGGAGGAUGUCCCCAACAGCACGCUGUUUAGGUGGAUGAUCUUCAAUGGCGGAGCUCCCAAUUGCAUACCUUGCAAAGGUGGAGAAACGUGCGAUAAUGUUGACUGCGGGCCGGGGAAGAGGUGUAAGAUGAACCGGAGGAGUAAGCCGCGUUGCGUUUGCGCGCCGGACUGCUCCAACAUCACAUGGAAGGGACCCGUCUGCGGCUCGGACGGCAAGACGUACAAAGACGAGUGCGCCCUGCUCAAGGCUAAAUGCAAAGCUCACCCGGAUUUGGACGUGCAGUAUCAAGGCAAAUGCAAGAAAACGUGCCGUGACGUGCGGUGCCCCGGCAGCUCCACCUGCGUGGUGGACCAGACCAACAACGCCUAUUGUGUCACGUGUAAUCGGAUUUGCCCCGAGGUGACGUCACCCGAACAGUACCUGUGUGGCAACGACGGGAUCGUGUAUGCCAGCGCGUGCCACCUGAGGCGGGCCACCUGCCUCCUGGGCCGCUCCAUCGGGGUGGCUUACGAGGGCAAAUGCAUCAAGGCCAAGUCAUGCGAGGACAUCCAGUGCAGCGCCGGCAAGAAGUGUCUGUGGGACGCCCGCAUGAGUCGAGGACGCUGCUCGCUGUGCGACGAGACGUGUCCGGAGAGCCGGACGGAUGAGGCGGUAUGCGCCAGCGACAACACCACGUACCCCAGUGAAUGUGCCAUGAAGCAAGCCGCCUGCUCCAUGGGGGUGCUGCUGGAGGUCAAACACUCGGGAUCUUGCAACUCCAUCACAGAAGACACGGAGGAGGAUGAGGAAGAUGAAGACUACAAGGCCUAUGUCCAUUUAUCUUCUAUACUGGAUGGAUAAACACCCCCCCAACCCCUAUACCAUACCCCCUUCAGUAUGUCCAUACUGUACAUUAUGUGUAUGCUUAUUUAUUUUUGAAACAAAAAGGAAGUAUACAUAUAGUUCAGUCUGUUAGAUGUUUAUUUAUACUUUUGUUGUGUUUUCUAAUUUAUACAUUUAUGUCAGGCUUACAAUCUUACCACUCUCCCUUUUUUGUUGUUGUUUUUUUUUAUCAUGAAGAAAUAUAUUUGUCCAAAGAGAAACAGUGUUAUUUAUUUGUCAUGUUACCGUGUAAGUAUAAGUCCUCUACAAGCUGUAAAUCGCAUUCCGCUUUCAUUCAGCUGUAAAAACAAACAAAAAACAACAAAAAAAAACAACCUUGCUUGUUACUGUCAAAUCUCUAUCACAGAUGUUUAUGUCACACUUACGUAAAUGCAUGUUUAGCCUGUGUGUUUAUUUAUUGGGAAUAUAUCAAUCAUUUUUUAUGUACAGAUGUGUUUCUGGUUUGUUUACAGAUCACAAUAACUGACCAAAGGGAUUUUCUCAAUGGUUUUUCACACACACAAAAAGGACGCGGCAGUAAUUACAAUGGAAGACUGUUUUUCAGUUCACUUUUAGGCCUUUUAGGUUUGUUGACUUUCUAAAGAAAAAAAAAAAGGUACGUUUGGGGAUGAUACUUGAUGACUUUGGAAACAAUGUGCCAUUUAACAUGUGUGUGCUGUUCUAUUCUUUGCCAAUGUUGCUCUUGCAGAGGUCAAAUAGGAUUAACUGCAGUAUUCACCACUAUAUCACAGAUCAUCACUGUUUCUUUUUCUUUCUCUCUAUCGCUCUCUCUCUCUUUCUGUCUGGUUGCAUUUUUAUUUUCAAAACAUCACAAGAGAAAUACAAAAUUCUGUUAUGAAUAUAUAGUUUUGUAUUUUUUAUGUAAAUGUCAUAUGUACAUAACAAAGUUUGAGGGUAUUUGUACAGAUAUGAAGAGUAAACAAUAAAAGUUUUUUUUUC